AUGAAGGGUCUUUUUGUCGCAGUCGCAUGCUUUUGUGUCGCCGUCGUCGCCAGCAGCGGCCUUGUUGGUCAUGUUGGUGGUGGCUACGGGAAUGUCGGACACGGCUACGGAAAGGCUGGAGUUGCCUAUGGUCACAAUAACCACGGACAGAAGAAAUAUGGCCAGGACAACGGACACCACGUUUACGGAGAACACAAUGCACGUGAAAAGGGAUACAACACCGACGACGGCCACUAUGCCGACAGAGAGGCAAAACAUACAUCUGGAGUACACGGAUCUCACGGCAAGGGCAACGCCGCCGCAAACCAUUACGGCCACCAUGCCGCCCGCCUCGCAAACUACGGUAAAAAGGCCGCUGCACACAGCAACUACGCCCGAUACCAAAACGCAGAUCAGGCUGCAUACAAACGCAAAGAUAAUGCUGCUAAGUCUAAAGCGACUUCCAAAUUCAACAAGAACAAUUAUUACAAAAAGGGUGGCAUCUUCAGCGACAACGUCAAGUAUGGCUUCAACAAGAAAUACAACAAACACACCGACGAGUACGGCGACUACGUCGUCAACGAGCAUGAUGAUCACCACAGUCUGGACGACUACAGAGACCACCACGAUGCGGCCAACCGAAAAUACGGCGACCACGCUCACAACAAGUACAAAAGCAACCGUGCCCAUGCCAACAAGGGAAGCAAGUACGGACACGCGGCUGCCAAACAUCACUACAAGGAUGGUAAACACGGCGCCAAUUCUGCCCACAAGGUCAAGUCAGGAGCAGGGCACCAUGCUCGUGAUUCCAAAUACGGACACGAUACCGGAAGCAGCAAGUACCACGACCAGGCCCAUGUUGCCCACGCCAACAAGUAUGACGACUUCGCUGUUCGUGAUGCCGCCCUCAGCAGGAAAUCGGCUGCCAACGCUGCUGCCCACGAUGCCCACGAUUACGCUCGCCUUCACGGUGGUCGUGGUGCCGGAGCUGGCUAUUUACCUUACGGAAAGGGAUAUGGAUACGGACGUCGUGGUCAUGUUGGGUAUGGAAAACAUGGUGCUGCUGCUUAUGGAAAAGGUGCAUCUCAGUACGCAACUGGAGCCAACCACGAUGCCCAUAAAGCCGGACGUUACGGUCUUAAGAGUAAAGACCAUCUCAAUAACAAACUCACCGCUGCCUACCACGAGGAUAAAUACAACAACGGUCACGACGAUAAAUACUACAAAGGUGCCGCAGGUGCUGCUCACAAGAAGUCUUAUCACCACGACGCUGCAGCAGCUGCUGCUAACACCAAAGGUUACGCAAACAAGGCUGCCGACGCUGCUUCUAAAUAUGCUGCAGCCGCUGCUAACCACGAUCUUUACCAGGACAAGCACAAGUCCAACAAUCUGAAGCGCGUUUAUCACGACAAGGCCAGCAACCACAAAGUCUACAAGAAGUUCCAUCAUUCGAGCAGUGUCGGAGGUAAAAAUUACGAAAACCUAAACUAUAACAGAAAGAAGUACAAUGAUAAGUAUGGAAGCAGUGCUCAUCACCAGAAUGCAGCUGCCAAAAAAUUCCACCAGAACUUUUACCAAAACAAGCAUCAUGCUCAGGCCCACAGCAACGAUAAAUCUGCUAAGAAUCACGCCCAGCAGGCUUACAAACACAACAAACACCAACAGGCUCAAGGAGGAUUGUCUGGAAAGCAAAACUACUACCACGGCUACAACAACGCUGCCGCCAAACACUACAACCACGAUAGUGCUGGCGGUAAGCACCACAAAGGUGCGUACAAAGCCGCUGCCGCAAACCACGGACUCAACGAUUACGCUGUCCACCAUUACGGCAAAGAUGCCCGUGCUUACAAUGAUGCCGGAUCUCAUGCGACCCACUACGCUAACGCUCACGGCCCUGCUGUGCAUGGAUAUGGGUCAGGAGUUGGGCAUGGAUUAGGACAUGGUGCUGGAUUUGCUGGUGUUGGCCACGGUGCUGGGCUUGGAGUUGGACACACCGGACUUGGCCAUGGGUUUGGAUAUGGUUAUGGACGAGGCGUUGGAUAUGCUGGUCUUGGCCAUGGACGCGGUUUUGGAUAUGGUGGAAUUGGACAUGGUGCUGGGUAUGGUGGAGCACGCUACCCACAUGCAUAUGGAUACAACGGGUACACUGGACGUGGAUUUGGUGGACGUGGAUUCGGUGGACGAGGAUUCGGAGGACGUGGAUUUGGAGGGCGUGGAUACAGUGGAUACAACGGGUAUGGGAGAUAUCGAGGUUGA